CUCCUAGAUCCAGCCACUUGAAACUAGGUAAUGGUCAGAAGAAUAUUAGAUCAAAGGACACUUCAACUAAUACCAGAAGUGUUCGAAAAGACAUGGAGCUUGGUCCUUCUGACAAACUGUUGCCAAAAUCCACUGCUCAUCAUGCUAGAAGUAAGGUCAGACUGGUGCCAAAAAAACAUUCAUCGACAAAUACACAGCACCCCCAGGUUAACCUAGCAAAUAAUUGCUCAGAAGUGAUCCCAGAUCUUGUACGUCCAGUUGCUGCACAUCCACUAAAUGGCUCUGAUAAUAGUACCAGCAAAAUUGCAGUUUCUUUCUCGCAAAAUGCUUCCUGCAACAGUGAAAACAAGCAAUGUACAGAGUCUCAAACAGCAAAAGCAUCAGGCUUGCGGAUGCCAUCGCCAUCACUGGGAUUUUUUAGUCAGUCGAAAUCUGCUGGUUCGCUUAGCCUCCUAGAAAGAACUCAAACUAGCAAACUUCGAGAGUCUAACAUUCCUAGUUUGCACAAAGCUGCCCUCUCAAAUCAUCAGUGUCCCUGGCAACCAUCCAAUAAAACAUCUGCAUCCUUGAAUAUGAGGAGCAAUGCUGCUGCUUCUGUCAAUCCUACUUCACAGGGAAAGAUCAAAGGCAAUUCAGAAUUAAAAAAUAAAGAGAAGAUGUUUCAGGCACCGCUUAACUCUAGGACUUGUGAUGGGCUAGAUAAUCAGCAGCAGUUGCACGACAUUCAUGACAAUCAGUUGCUCUUGCAAGGUGGCCCUCGUGAACAACUGAAGAAAGGUCAACAUAGCAAGAAAGUCACUGAGCUUUGCCUCAAAGGUAGAGAUAUGACUGCAGCUGGAUUAGACUACCCCCAUUCUAGAUUCAGUGUUAGCCUCGUAGCAGAAGUUGAUAGUCUUUCAGAGAAAAGUUGUGUGACUGCCAGUCAUCACAUUGAAGACAGACAAUACAUUCCAAUCAUCAAGGAUAACAGUGACUAUUCAGAUUUUCCAUCUCUAGGUAUGAGCACUAAUAGUGAUGAGGGUACCCAAAAAGUGCAUGUUCAGUUAGCCAGGAUGCGGGAAGUCAAUGACCAGACUGUGAAACAAUCUGAGCCAAUGAAGCUUGACACCUGUCAUGCAGAGAGUUUGAGCCUAUGCUUGAACAAUGGUACUUCAAUUGAGGAGAGAUCAGCUGAAGAGCUUAACAACUGUCGUGGUUCAAAUCUUGCAAAUGCAGUUCUUAAAUCCCCAGACUGUAGUACAGCUGAACGGGAAAUUCCUUAUAGGCCAUCUUGCUGUAAUGAUAUACUGCACACAAACAAUGAAUCUAGUGAAAGUGGAAACUUGUAUACAGAAUUGUUUGUGGAAAAUGUGCAGCUGCAGUCUGUAGAUGGUAAUCUAACAGUCAAAAGGGACGAGAAAAGUAUGCCAAACACCUUGGCGGAGUAUAAUCUGCUGUCGAUGAUUAUUAGUGAUCCAAGUGGAAAAGCUGCAAAACAGACAGAGCUUCCAUUUCCAUGCCUUGUAACAGAACAAGCUAUGGCAGAUGAUUGUGGAUUGCAACAUGAUGGUUACUUAUUGCAUGGAAAAAAAUUCUUCUCUGAAGAAUCCAAGGAGAAGAAUCUCCUUCAAAGUGCUGAAGAUAUGGUAUCAAAUGUUAAUGCUUGUGGAGGUAUAUUGGAAAGUUCUGGAGUUCUUAGUUCAAAAUCACCUGCCAAGCAUGAUUCUAGUUCUAAUGCAGCUGGAAAGUCAGAGUGCAUGCAUGUGGAAAACCCUUUGGUAUCUUCUGUAGACAAAGGGCUGGUUAAGGUUGCUUCUGAGAUAAAUGAUAUGAGCGAGGACAAAAAUUUAGUAAGUAAAUGUGAUUCUUCGGUUAAAAAUUUCAAUUUUUCCUCUUAUUUACAGCGAGGAAAUGAUGCCAAUGGAAGGGGUUCUUCCAUUCUGGAGAAUAAUUGCUCCACUUGUAUGCAUGAUGUGAACAAAGACAUGGAGAAAACUAAGGUGAUAACUUCUUUCUGUGAAUCUGAUCAGGACAAUCAGAGUCAAAGAUCAUUUGAUGAUAUGUUGUCUUCUAAGAGCCAAUCUCUUGAAGAGCAAAGGGAAUGCAGUAAUAGUAACAUUGCAAAUGUCAGAGGAACUAUUGCAAGUGAAGUGGAAAGUCUAAAUGGUAUUCACCAAUGUGAAAUAAUGGAACAAACAAAUGAACUUGCUCAAGUUAAUAGAAUUACCAAGGAAACGGUAAUGCAAAAUGCAUUCGUGCAGUCCUCAGAAGAAAGUCUGUUAUCUGAUAGCCACAAUUGUAACAUUAGUCCUUUGGUAUCUAAUAAAACUUCUACAGUAAUGGUUGAUGACAUUCAAGAACUUGAAGAACAUCGAGCAGUUCAAAAUCCUUACGUGAUGAUUGAGCAAGCUCCCCUGGAAAAUCAUGAAUUUUGUUCGGAUGAUAGCCUGUUGCUCAUGAAUUAUACUUCUGUAGAGUUGCAAGAAGGAGAUGCUCUUAAAAAUGUUCUGGGUGUUGGUUUAGAACAGGGUGAUGGUUCGUGUGAAUCAAGAUGUUUUGAUGUUGACACUCAAGUACCUCCUAUUAAAAAUGCUGGUUCAGAUAUGGAUAAAAAAGCCGAGCACACAUUUAUGGUUAAUACAGAGCCGGGUUUCAUGGAGAUUCUGCCAUCAAUUGAAAACUACAAAUGCAGUAUGGAUAGUAAGAAUAGGAGCGGUGAUGAGCUGAUCGAUCAAGCUGCUUCCUUGGAAUUUAAUUCAUCUUCAGACAAGAGCAGGCAUCAUAUUGCAUCAUCAGCGGAUAAUUGUGACUCUAGUUCGUUUUGCUGUUUGAAUGAGAAGUCUAAGUUAUUAAUGAAAACAAAAGAGAAAUCAAGUCAGAGAGUCCAGCAGGAUGCUGAAGUUGAUUUAUCAGAUAGGAAUAUUUUGCCAGAGGAAGCUCAGAUUAAAGUUCCUCAGACCAGUAGCAGUCCCAGCAUUGAAGUGCAGCAUGAGUUGGAUGUAAUGUACCCCACGGAAGAUAAGGCUGCAACAUUGUCACUAGUCCAUCUGAAAAUUUGUAAUGACAGCGAGAAACCUAUUAAAAACAAGAAACAAGAUGCUUGUGUUAUAAAACCACCACCAAAUGUGGUUCCUUUUUCCGAUGAGUGGUUGGCGGCAUUUGAAGCAGCUGGAGAGGAAAUUCUAACCAUGAAAGGUGGUGCUGUACGAAAUUCACCCCCCGACAAGGUUCAACAUGAACCUGGUCCGUGGUCCCCGGUACGCCGGAAGAACGCUCAAGGGGUUGGGCCAUUUGAUUGUACAAAAUUCAUGAACAACACCACCCCACCUUCCACUUCUAAUUGAGGCGACAUGGUUCGCUAAAAAAUCUAGGGCCUGGACCAUUGCAUCCUGUGUCUCUGUUCUAAUCGAGGAGAUUCAGCUGAUCAUUCUUCUAUGACUAACAAUGUCACUCUCUAAAAUCACGACAUAAAAAAAAUAAACAAAUUCUGAUUAUGUUUUUAAUUUUCUAAUUUGUGAUUUCUGUUUCCUUCAACUCGGGGAAUAGCACGUGUAAUAUUUGAUGCUAAAAUGAUCACACGUGGAAACAGCACUUUGACAUUUGAAUAUUGAUGCCUGAAUUCAUGAACUUCAAUUUUCUUUGCAUUUUACUUCCA